AUGACCAGAUCCUCGUGUGGUAAACUACUUGAUUUCGAUCCAGAAAUUGAAUGGACCUUCAGAGCUUUGAGAAUUCAAGAGAACAUUUCAGAGGACUCAGGAAGUUCUUUAUCAUCUUCAGAUACCCCCAUGGCUGAUCAUAGCAGAACAAUGAAAGAGCUUGCAGCUCCUAAUGAGGCUUUCAAAUAUUCUUACAUUACAUAUCCAGAUUUGGCAGGAGACUUCGAGCUUAGAUCUGGAUUGAUUCAUUUGCUUCCAAAAUAUCAAGGAUUAUCUGGAGAAGACCCAAAUAGACAUUUGCAUGAAUUCCAUGUGGUCUGCUCAACCAUGAAGCCACAAGGAAUCUCAGAAGAAGAUAUCAAGAUGAGGGCUUUUCCAUUUUCAUUAACUGGAGUAGCAAAAGAUUGGCUGUAUUAUUUUCCACCAGGAUACAUCACUUCUUGGAUAGAUAUGAAGAAGGCUUUCUUGGAGAAAUUCUUUCCAGCUUCAAGGACUGCAAUUAUCAGGAAAAGUAUCUGUGGGAUUCAGCAAGUGGUGGGAGAGACAUUAUACGACUAUUGGGAGCGAUUCAAGAAAUUAUGUUCAAGUUGUCCUCAACACCAAAUCAGUGAGCAGCUACUAGUCCAAUACUUCUAUGAGAGUUUGCUACCUAUGGACAGAAGUAUGAUAGAUGCAGCAGCUGGAGGAGCUUUAGUGAACAAGACUCCAGAACAAGCUAGGGAGCUUAUUUCAAACAUGGCAGAAAAUUCACAACAAUUUGGAAGUAGAGCUUUGACAACAAGAGGGGUUGGAGAGGUUCAAAUGAUUUCCAAUGAACAAAAGGAGAUAAGAAGCUCAUUAUUGGAGUUAACAUCUUUGGUAAAGCAAUUGGCACUGAAUAAUGCUAAUCAAGCUUCCAUUUUGCCAAGUACACAGUUUCCAUAUCAAUCGAAGGGAGUUUGUGGCAUUUGUUCAAGCCAAGACCACAAUUCAGAAUUGUGUCCAAACCUUCAUCAAGAUGAGUCAGUAGCAGCAUUUUCUAGAGCUCAGUUUCCUCAAAAAUAUGACCCCCACUUCUCUACUUAUAAUCCUGGUUGGAGAGAUCAUCCUAAUUUUAAGUAUAGCAACUCAUUCUAUCAACAACCAUUUUCAAAUCAGCAGUUCAGCCACACUUCCAGCAAUUUCCAGCAACCUCAGCAAAGUUUCCAGCAGCAAAAUCAGCCUUUCCAGCAAUAUUAUCAACCUGCAAAUCAAUUCCAACAGCAAUUUCAGCCUUUUCAGCAGUUUCCAAAUCAAAAUCAACAAUGGCAAUUCCAAAAUCAGGGAGUUCAGCAGGGGCAAAAUGCAAUCCAGAAUGCACUUCCAGCACCUUCAAGGUUAAGUUUGACUCAAGGAAGUUCUAAUAACUCUUCUAAUUCCGAUUCACAACAGAAGAUGGAUGAUUUACUGCAACAAAUUUUGCAACAACAGCAAUUAUUUUUACAGCAGCAACAACAUCAACAAAGGAUAGAUUCAGCUUUGCAAAAUCUUGAAAGACAGAUUAGCCAACUAGCAACGAACUUAAAUCAAAUGCAAGCUCAAGGUUCAAGCAAACUACCUUCUCAAACAAUGCCAAACCCAAAGAAUGUGAGUUCGUUGACUCUUCGAAGUGGAAGAACCAUAACCGAACCAAUGAAGAAUAUUCCAAUUGGAUCAGAUUUUGUUGCACCAGUACCAGAUUCACCAGAUCUUGUACCAGGAAAUUUGAAUUCAGAAUCCACUCAACCAGUACAGAACAGUGGAAGAAAUACAGCAGAACAGAUUUUAACAGAUUUUGGUUCAGCAGAACAAGAUGAUUCACAAUCAGCUCCAAUUUCAGCUCAAAAUGUAGAGAAAGAAUCACAACAGCAAGGUACUGAGAUUUCUGCUCCAUUACCUUUUCCUCAAAGAAGAAUCCAGCAAAAGAAGCAUGUUGAGGUGAAUGUGCCCUUGUUAACUAUGAUAGAGCAAGUUCCGAAAUAUGCAAAAUUUCUCAAGAAUGUAUGA